AUGGAAACUUUUGGAGAGAGGGACAAGAAUUCAGUUUGGGGAUCAGAGAAGGGAGAAAUAGCAGUGCGGAAUGCUGAAGGAAGAUCAGGAGGUAUACUCACAAUGUGGAAUCCAGAGAAGUUUGCUGUUUCCAGUCAGUGGGAAGCUCCGGGGGCAGUGUUCGUGAACGGUUUUUGGAAGUCGGAUUCAGGUAUCUUUUGUUGCUGCUUUAUCAAUGUUUAUGCUCAACAAAGUUUAUCGGAGAGACUUGUCUUGUGGGAUAUUAUUAGCUCGGUGGUUAAACAAAAUGCGGAUUCUUGCAUUUGUAUUGGAGGGGAUUUUAACUCUAUCAGGGAUCCCUCAGAGAGAGCUGGGAGAAGUUUCAAUUUUCUUUCCAGGGAUAUUAUGGCUUUUGAUGGUUUUAUUAAAGAUAAUGAGUUGAUUGAUAUUCGCUUACAAGGGUGGAAGAGCUUUAUAUUCAAAGAGAAACUGGAAUGUCUCAAGCAAGAUCUGAAAAUUUGGAACAAAAAGAGCUUCGGGAGGAUUGAGGAGAACAUUGGCCUUCUUAGAACAGAAGUUGAGAAAUGGGACAAAGUGGAUGAAGUUCGAGGCUUGGUGGAGGAUGAAGUCCUCAAAAGGAAUGAAGCUAUUGCAAAUCUUUACAUUCAAAUGAAGAAUCGGGAUAGUCUUUUAUCUCAAAAAGCAAAGGAAAGAUGGUUGGCGGACGGUGACGUUAACAGUAGCUAUUUUCAUAAAGUCAUAAAUGGAAGAAGGGCAAAGAACUAUCUCUCUGGUAUUCUUAUCGACAACCGCUGGAUCGAAGAUCCUCUCACUGUCAAGAAUAAAAUCAGAGAUCACUUCGAAAGGCAGUUUCGACGCAGCCGAGGAAUUAGACCAGAAUUACCAAUCAAUUUUGCUCUUAAAAAGCUGUCGAUGGAAUCAAGGAAUAAUUUGGACCUCCCUUUCACCGAGGAGGAAGUCAAGACGGCAGUUUGGAGCAGUGAUGGAAGCAAAAGCCCAGGGCCGGAUGGAUUCAAUUUCCAUUUUUUGAAGUCUUGUUGGAUGUUGAUCAAAGAGGAGCUUUUGGAAGUCAUGAAUGAUUUCCACUCGCAUGGAAAGUUGCCCAGAGGAUGCAAUCCUUCGUUUAUUGCCUUGAUCCCGAAGAAGGAUGCAGCUGUGGAGUUGAAGGACUAUCGCCCCAUUUCUCUCAUCAAUUGUAUGUACAAAGUCAUCGCCAAAGUGUUGGCAUCCAGGUUGAAACAGGUGAUUCAUAGUGUUAUCUCUAACUGCCAAAGUGCGUUUAUUGAAGGAAGGUUUAUCUUGGAUGGGGUUGUUAUUCUUAAUGAGAUCAUUGAGGAUGUAAAAAAAAAAAAGGGUACUUUUAUCUUCAAGGUGGAUUUUGAAAAGGCAUACGAUACAGUGGAUUGGGAGUACUUGGAUACCAUGCUUCUUCUUAUGAACUUAUCUCCAAAAUGGCAGAGUUGGAUCAAGGGCUGUCUUUGCUCAGCUACAGCCAACGUCCUGGUGAACGGCAUCCCAUCGGGUGAAUUCCAACUGGAAAGAGGACUUCGGCAGGGGGACCCUCUGUCACCCUUCCUUUUCUUGAUUGCAGCUGAAGGUCUCAAUAUUUUAACGGAGAGAGCAAUUCAUGAGAAGCUUCUGCAGCCGGUAGAGAUUGGGCAUGAUGGCACCAAAGUUUCUCAUCUUCAAUAUGCUGACGACACCGUGUUUUUGGCCUCGGGAAAGACAGAGAACGCAUGGGCAUUGAGGAGCAUCCUUAAACUCUUUGAGUCUCUCUCAGGACUUAAAGUUAAUUUUGACAAGAGCUGCAUCUUUGGUAUUGGAAUUCAAAGCCCUGUGGGAGAGCAUUUGGCUUCGAUUCUCAAGUGUAAAGUUGGAGUUCUUCCAACAAAAUACUUGGGGAUUAUGAUCGGUACUCGCCUCACCCGAGUAAAUGAUUGGAGGUAUCUCGUCGACAAACUGAAGAGAAAAAUUUCCAGAUGGAAAAAUCGAAAGUUUUCGUUUGCCGGAAGAAUCACAAUGCUCAGAUCGGUAAUGUUGUCUAUCCCAAUUUACCAGUUCUCGUUUUCAAUUCUGCCAAAGAAAGUCUUGGCCGAGCUCCGAAGUGUGAUGUGUAAUUUUCUAUGGGGAGGAGGGGAAUCGGAGGCUAGAAAGACUCAUUGGAUUAAAUGGGAGGUAUUGUGCAACGAUGUCCGGGAGGGAGGUCUCGGUUUCAAAGAUUUGGGGAGUUUCAAUGAGGCUCUCAUGGUUAAGUGGGUGUGGAGAUUUUUAACUGAGAGGAACUCUCUGUGGGCACAGGUCAUUAGAGCGUGUUAUGGGGAGAUUGAGUGGGACGAUGGGGGUUUUAGAAUGUCAAGUUCAAAUAAGAAAAAAACGGGGUGGUGGAAGAAAAUCGUUGAUGUUUGUGGGGGGGAGGGAAGGAAAUGGUUCAAAGAGUGUUUGGAUGUGCAGAUUGGAGAAGGCGAUUUUUUCAAAUUUUGGAAUCAUUGUUGGGUUGGGGGAAAAAGGUUGAGCGACAGAUUUCCUAGGCUAUAUCGACUCUGUAAAAAUCAGGACGAGUUUAUCUCGAAUAUGGGAGAAUGGUUGGAGGGUGUGUGGGAAUGGAAGUUGGAGUGGAAUCGAGAUUUGAGGGAGAGAGAAAGAGCCCAGGCGGAUGAGCUGUUGUCCUCUAUCAGGGAAGUCAAUCUUCAAGCAGGAAAUAAAGAUUGUUGGAGGUGGAAACCUACCCCCAACGGCUUGUUUUCAGUAAAUUCAGCAUACAAAGCUAUCCGACAAGCAAGAUUGGAGAAUGGGAUUAAUUGUGAGCAAAUGGAUUUCAAGAAACUGUGGAAGGCUCCAGCUCCUCACAAGAUGAAAACAACAGCUUGGAGGAUUUUUAAAGGAAGACUGGUGACGUGUGAUAAUCUCAUCCGAAGAAAUAUUUUGGCUGCAAAUUUGACCUCCGAUUGCAUUCUUUGUAAGGCGCAACUGGAGGACCUGAAUCAUUUAUUCUUCUCCUGUCAGAUUACUAUGGAUCUUUGGAAAGAAAUUUUGUCUUGGAUUGGUAUUCAGACGGCACUGCAACGCACGGCAAAGGAGAACGUCCUUGCCUUUUCUAAUCUUGGGGACAAGGCAGAUAAUCAUUUUUUGUCUAGUAUUUGGAUCUGCGUGGUGCGGAGUAUUUGGAAAGCAAGGAAUGAUUGUAUUUUUAGCCAAGCGUCAUGGAACUUAUCUAAAGUGGUAACCGAGAUCAAGAUAAGAACGUGGAGCUGGACGCAGGUUUACAAACAGACGCCACAGCCUUUGGACUUAAAAUCUUGGAUGAUUAAGCCUAAGGUGAUGGAGUGA